AAUCUUUCACGCGAAACUACGCAUCCUUGCCCUCGUUCCUCCGGCUUCAAAGCUUCAAGCUUGCAAGUACCAUCAACUCUUAUCUAAAUCUUUCUAGAUUCGCCCAUCACAAUGGCACUUCACAUAAUAGCACAUCGAUGUGUCGUCUUCUGGACUCACUUCCUCAUAAACAUCAAUUUCAUCAACAGUAAUGUGUUCCCUUCCUGGACCGGAGUGGGCUUUGUCAUCAGCAUGGCGGCAACCUGGCUUUUCGCUGUCGCCCUAGUACGAAUUCCAUCUACCCGCAGAAUGUGCCAAGAGGAUUUAUCCGGCCUUUGGCUACUAUGCUGGGCCUUUUGUGUAUUGUGGGGAUCCAUCCUACUAUGGUACGAUUCCGAAUGGUACGAUCGUGAGACCUUGAGACUGGAGUGGAAGUGGACAGAUCUUCUAAAAGAUUUGGCCAUAUUUUUCGGUUCUACAUUGGCGUGGGCGUUGGAGUUCGUGGUCAUGUUAUGUUUCUGGGGGAAUUUGCAGUGGAAAGAUCCGAUAGCGACAUUUGGGUGGUUUAUCUUUUUGGGUCCGGUGGUUCGUGAUGUCGAUGAGGGCGAGCCGGAGAAUGAUCUGGACUUGUUUGUAAAUUCCUCGUUGCUCCAUGAGGAUCAUGAUUUCACAGCACAACCACGUAGAUUACUGCUUCCGGGAAACGGAAACACAGUGCAGUCUGGCCUUUUCCAGUAAUUUCUUGCAUUUCCCCAAAUGAAAAAUACACCCAGCUGUUGUCUUUCAAUACAAUCUGAAAAUACAAUCAAACUAUCCUUUCGUUGUGUCGCAAAUAUUGAUCAAUAUAUAUGGGACUUAGUCGCGAUUU